AUGCAACGUCAGAACGCUGCAAUCAUCUUAGUAAACAUUGCAUUGAUUUUUAGUGUCAAUUCAGAAGAUAAAUUCGACCUAGCAACAGUCUGUGUGCCCUUUGGUGAAGUUUGCUAUCUACAUCGUCCUUGCUGCGGCAAUUAUAAGUGCGACCUGACGGACACUUUGGGAAGAUUCAAGUGUCAGGAGAAAGUAAAAUUAGGCGAAACAUGCAGGUACACCGACAACUGCGUCGACAUUUUGCACUCAGUCUGCACGAAAAAAGAGUGUCAAUGCAGACAAAGUAACGUCAGAGUUAGCGACUAUGCCUGCGCGCCGCUCUUGAAUACCUUUUGUUGGAAAAACGAGACCUGCGCGCCGGAGAAUGCACUGUGCAUUAAUAAUGAGUGUCAAUGCAAAGACGGAUAUGUAGCGGAGGACGGCAAGUGUCUGCCAGUGACGAUGCAGCGUGCGCAAGUGUCAAAUUCGCGAAGUGCUCGAGUAGAAAAGUUUGCGCUUGUCCAACAAACACGAUUGCGACGAGUAGCAGAUUGUGCUCAGUGGCUCUGGGAGAAACCUGCGACUCUAAUCGAGAUUGCGGCGUCACUAAUUCUUGGUGUGAUAACAAUAAGUGUCAAUGCAGAGUUCAAUAUUUUGCCUACUCUAACAUCGAAUGUAGACUCCUGCACACGCAGAGAUACUCACACACCUGAUGAGGGAAAUACGUGCGUGGCAACGAGAAUCUUGUACUGUGAAAAAGAAGAAGAGUGCGUAGGAAUAAAUGGUGCCUGCAUUAACGGUCGUUGUCAAUGCAGAGCCAAUUACGUGAUGCAGGAUUCAAAAUGUCUGCCAUCAAAAUUGGCGGGACGAUGCAGAAUACAUUCAGAUUGCACCACAGUGAAUUUUGCUCUGUGUUUAAAAGGAGAAUGCACUUGCAGUGAAGGAUUCUUCGCUGUCAAUGCAAUAACUUGCGUAAGAGCUCUUGGUAAUACCUGCGAUGAAAAUUGUGCUAUCAGAUUCUCUAGUUGUUAUAAUAGAAAGUGUCAAUGCAAUCACGGUUACACGCAGUAUUCCGAGAGACAAUACAGUGCGACGGAACUAGGGACGACUUGUUUUGACAAAGGCACUUGCAAUCUGAUAAAAAACGCGUAUUUCUUUCAUAGUGAAUGCACUUGCAACGAAAACCAUAUUGAAAUUGAUGCAUUUACUUGCGCGCCUUUGCUCAACGCCAACUACUCCAAGAACGUGGGAUGUGCUCCCGAGAACUCGGUCUGCAUUGAUCAUAAAAGUCAAAGCGAGUUCAGGUAUCUGGAACUGCGAUGUAUAAUUGACGAGAACUGCAUUGACAUUCCCUACGCAAAGUAUUCUGACGCAGGAGAAUGCAUCUGCCGUAAAAAUUACGUCCGAACUAGCCCAACAACUUGGUUGCCCACUUUGGGAGGUAGCUGCUCAAGCAACAGGGAGUGUGUCGCUGUCAAUGCAGAGUGUUUUAGGAACCAAUGUCGCUACUCCCCAGGAUACACGCAGCACUCUGAUGACCUCUGCUUUCCUGUGUUCCUGGGUCAGAAGUGCGACAUUGACGAAGAUUGUGAUGAAAUAUCAAACGCUGAGUGUUCUCACAAGAGAGGUCAAUGCAAAGAAUGGUACAAAAUGUUCGACCGCAAGGUGUGCUUGCCUCUGAUUGGCACGCGCUGCACGGAACACAAAGAGUGCGCUGUCUACAAUUCUAAUUGCAUUGACAAUAAGUGUCAAUGCUUAGAGACCUUCGUUCCGCAGACUCAGUCCGAGUGUGUGACAACAGGAGUUGCAUUGAUUUUGGGCAUCAAUGCAGCUCAAACCGAUCCAACAACGAACUGUGUACAAUUUGGCGGAACGUGUGACCAGCAUCGUCGUUGCUGUGGUGAAAACCUCAAGUGCGACCAGUCGAUUACUUUCGGUAUAUACGAGUGCACAGAAAAAGCAAAAUUGGGCGACUCGUGUCGACUAGCUUUCCAGUGCGUUGACAUUCUGCACUCUGUAUGUUCGAAAAAUGAGUGCGUGUGUCGACAAAACAACGUCAGAGUUAGCGACUACGCCUGCGCCCCAAUCUUGAAUGGCUAUUGUUGGAAAAACGAGACUUGCGCGACGGAGAAUUCGCUGUGCAUUGAUAAUGAGUGUCAAUGCAGAGACGGAUUUGUAGCGGAGGCCAAUGAAUGUAUGCCAGGUGAGUCACACUUAAUUUUCCGAGACACUAGAGUCAUUAAAUCUGUGCUUGCAGUUAUAAUUGGAUCAAAAUGCAGUAACGAUGCAGCGUGCGCAAGUGUCAAAUUCGCAAAGUGCUCUUCAAACAAUGUUUGUGUCUGCUCAGAAAACGCGAUUGAAAUCAAUGGAAGGUUGUGCUCGAUACGUUUGGGAGCAACUUGUCAAACUAACGACAAUUGUACUGCCGUAAAUUCUUGGUGCGAUGACAAUAAGUGUCAAUGCAAAGCGCAACAUUUUGCCUACUCUGAGAUCGAAUGUAGACUCGCGUUCAUAGGAAUGCCUUGCAAUAAAUCAUGGGUCUGCGAUUUUCAUUUCAUGAACUCACGCUGCAUCAACAAAACCUGUCAAUGCUUACAAAAUUACAUGCUGAAGAACGGAAAUGAGUGCUCACCAGUGACAAGCUCGUAUUGUUCAACAACCGAUAAGUGCUUGGACGCUGAAUCUGUCUGCAUUGCCAGUCGGUGUCAAUGCAAACCUAACUACGUAAUGCGAGAGUUUAAAUGUCUGCCACAAGAAUUGCCGGGACGAUGCAAUAAAGAUUCAGACUGCUCCGAAGUGACUUUUGCGGUGUGUUCAAGAAACGAAUGCGUUUGUCUAAACGGAUUCUUUAAUGUCAAUGCAACAGCCUGCGCAAAAGCUCUGGGUGGAAGCUGCAAUGUCAAUAAAGAUUGUGCCUUCAGAUUCUCUCAUUGUUUUGAAAAAAAGUGUAAAUGCGAUCACGGCUACGUACAGUAUUCCGAGAGUCAAUGCAUUGCAAGGAUGACUUGUUCCCAUAAAAGCAAUUGUAGUCAGAUAAAAAACGCGCAUUGCUUUGAGAGUCAAUGCAGUUGCAAGGACAACCAUAUUGAAAUGAACGCAUUCACAUGCGCUCCGUUGCUCAACGCCACCUGCUCUAAUGACCUGAAUUGCGCCCCCCCGAACUCGAUCUGCAUUGAUCAUAAGUGUCAAUGCGAGUUCAGUUACUUCCCGAAGUCCAACUACGAUUGUGUCUUAAUGUACCUGGAACGGCGAUGCAGAGUUGAUAAGGACUGCAUUGACAUUUGCUUCGCAAAGUGUUCUGACGCUGGAAAAUGCAUCUGUCAUCAGAAUUACGUGCUCACUGGCCCAACAACUUGUUCGCCAACUUUGGGAGGUUACUGCGCAAGCACCAGGGAGUGUGUCGCUCUCAAUGCAGAGUGUUCCAGGAACCAAUGUCACUGUUCCCCAGGAUACACGCAGCACUCUGAUGACCUCUGUUUACCUGUGUUCCUAGGUCAGAAGUGCGACAUUGACGAAGAUUGUGAUAAAAUAUCAAACGCAAAGUGUUCUGACAAAAGAUGUCAAUGCAAAGAAGGGUACACAAAGUUCGACCGUCAGGUGUGCUUGCCUCUAAUUGGCGCGAACUGCACGGAACACAAAGAGUGCGCUGUCUACAAUUCUAACUGCGUUAACAAUAAGUGUCAAUGCUUGGAGACCUUCGUUCCGCAGACCCAGUCCGAGUGUGUGGCAACUGGCAUAGACAGUAUUUGCUACAGCAACGAUGAUUGUCAUGCAAUAAAUUCGCAUUGUUCAAGGUUCAAUUUCUGCGUCUGUAAUGAAAAUUACAUCUCGUUUGAAAAUACAUCAUGUGUUUUGAUCCUUGGAGCUCAUUGUUGGGAAAGCGUACUCUGCAUUACUCCUUAUUCUGAUUGCAUUGACAAUAAGUGUCAAUGCAGCCAAGGUUUUGUCCCAGGGCCGUACAAUGAUUGUGUAUUAGUCACGUUAGGCAGUGCCUGUGCAACAGAUCGUGAUUGUAAGAACAUACCAAAUGCAAUUUGUAUCGACGAUAAAUGUGUGUGCAAACCCGAGACAUUUGCAUUGACCCCGUCAGUCUGUACCCACUUGUUGAACACCAAUUGCUUGUCUUCCAACGAUUGCGGCAUCGACGCGUCGCACUGCUUUGAGAAUAAGUGUCAAUGCAAGCCUGAUUGGGCGCCACUCACUGAUAUCAUGUGUGUUAGACGUAAGUACAGGUUAUUUUAUUCGUUGUUCGUGAAAAAGACUUCAUAAAAUUGUUCUGC